GUAAAAUGAAAAUUAUUCGGAUAUUUAUCAUUACAUAGUGAUACUCAAAUUAACCCUAAUUCAGAAAAUGUUUACGCAAGAUUCAUAAAAUAAUGUGAAGGAAAAGAGAGCAAAGUGUAAAAGCGCGUAGAUUAGGAUGUCCCAAUGUAGUUGGGCCAUGUGACUGACCUCAAUCUUUUGCCCCUCUUAGCAUUAAAGUCUUGUUUCCCUUGAGCCUCACUCCCCACUCUCCACUCCCACACACCCCUCCUCCUAUAAAUCUCUCUCUCUCUCUCUCUCUCUCCAAUAAAUGCCACUGUCCUCCCACUUUUCCACUCUGAAAUCCAGAUCCAUUUCCGCCUUUUAAACCAAAGGGAAAGAAGGAAAAAAGGGUCCUCACUACAAUCUCCAAACAAACCAAAGGGUGGGAGGGGGGACAUAGAUUUCAGUACCCAAAUAUUUGUUCACAAAUGGCUCUAUUUCAAGACUCUUCCUCCUCCUGCCUCAAGAAGGUACUCUUGCUCUAUUUACUACUGCUCCUUUUCAUAACUUCAACUCUCAUUUCUGCACACAAUCAGCACACAAAUCAACACCUUUUUGGUAGAAAAAGAGUGUUGUUGGAGUUGGAAGAUGAAGAAGAUCAGCCACCCAUCAAGAAGAAGACCACUAGUACGAGUACAAAAGUUGCUACCAAGAACCAAACCAAACUCAUCAACCCCACUUCCAAGAAUCAAACCAAGCUCCUCAAAACAACCAAUUCUACUGCAUUCAAGAACCAAACCAAGCUCAUCAAAACCCCUUCUGAUUCAACCAAGAACAAAACAACCAAGAUCACAAAAACCAAUCUUUCAUCAGACUCCACUCCAUUGAAACUCAAAUCCCAGCUCAAGAAACUCAACUCCACCUCAAAUUCAACCACCAAAACUGGUGCUACUUCUUCACUUCUAACCAAGAAAUCAUCAGAUCUACCCAAGAACAAAACAAUAAAGCCCACCACCACCAAAGAGGCCAAAUCCCAGUUGGAGAAGGGCUCCUCCCAGGUUAAAUCCGGUAAGACCCAGCCCAAGAAAUCCCAGAAAUUGCCCAGCUGGAUUGAUCAAGAUGAUGAUGAAGAAGACCUAGUGUCUGAAUUCCGGGACCUCCCAUCAAAAUUUCAAGAAUCCAUUGUCCCGGAUUUAGAAAGACUUUCCAAAACCUCACAGAUCUACCUCACAAAAUACAACAAAGAAUUCACCAAGGGAUUCAAACCGUAUGUGGGCAACAAAUACGCCGCCACAAUUGCAUCUUUCGUCUCAUUUGCAUUCAUUAUCAUCCCUCUCAUUCUCGUCUCACUCAUUUUCAACAGAAUCAAAGCCUAUUUCUCACUCCAAAAGCUCUUGAUUUUCAUCCAAGUUUACUUAGCCAUAUACUUCACCAUCCUCUGCUUAUCCUCACUCCUCACGGGUCUUGAGCCUCUCAGAUUCUUCUACUCCACUUCCCAGUCCACUUACGUUUGUGUGCAAGUGCUGCAAACCCUCGCUUAUGUGUUGUACCUGCUGCUUCUGUUGAUGUACCUCAUCCUUGUGUUCUCCACCGAGACUGGGCUGGCAACCAAGUUAUUGGGCCUGGGCCAGACCUUUGUGGGCUUUGCUGUCGGGCUGCAUUAUUACAUGACGGUGUUCCAUAGGGCCGUGCUGCACCAGCCGCCCAAGACAAGUUGGAAGGUGCACGCGCUCUAUGCCACGUGUUUCCUUGUGAUUUGUCUGUUAGGUAGGCUUGACAGGAGAAAGAAGGCUUAUUUGGAAGAGGGAGGUGAAGAAGGGAAAAAGAGUUAAAACUUUUCAAUUUCUUUUUUUUUUUUUCAAUUUUUUUUAAUAUUAACAAAAAUUAUCUUUGUGUUUUUGUAGUCUCUCUUUUAUGGGCUGUAA